AUGCGCGUUAGCCGUCUUUCAACGGUGGCUGCCGUUUUGCUACUGGCAAUUGGCACAACUGCGGUUGAAAGCUCCUCGGACAGCAGCGUUGUAGGUAGCAAGGCCGACAUCGUCGAACCACCGCCAGGACUUUCGGAUCCUCUGUCGCCGCAAAAAGGCUCCUCCAAGACCGGUCCCAAGGGGACGCUGGAUGCCCCCGUCGAUGGCAAGGAUGGCAAGCCUCACGACGGACCAUGGGUGGAAACUGCAGCUGAGCGAGAUCGCAAGAAGGAAAAAGCGGACGGAAAGGCGUAUACAGUCGCGGAUACAGAACGAGUCGGAGAUCGUGUAGGACUGGAUGGAAAAGCGAUUCCGCAUUCAAAUGAAGGGGUCAUGGACGACCCUAGUAGAUUGGGUCCUAAAGAAGGAACGAGAGGUACCGAGGGUGGUAUGACGGAGAAGACGAAAGAUACCAAGCCAUCAAAAGACAAGGUGCCGGAGAAACCUAAGGAGGCUCGUCCUUUGCCACAUAGCGAACAAGAGAAAAUACCAGGUUAUGAGGAGUCGUACGAGGUUACGGAGCAAAAGUCAGGGGAUACUUUGCUUGAGAAGCCUGAUGACCUCCCCGAAAAACCUCACGAUAUUCCUCUUCCGAAAUCUCCAGGACGAACAACUGACGACCGUCUCGAUUAUAAAGCUACAUCACCUGGCAGGAAGCCUUUUACCAAAACGGACAGCUCGUCCAUUGGGGCUGUUGGCGGAGGAAAUGUUUUCAGUCCUAUACAUUCAUUGUUCCUCUCAUUCACAAUGAUUUUGUUCUCGGAAAUUGGCGAUAAGACAUUUCUGGUCGCUGCGCUCAUGGCAAUGCGUCAUCCUCGUCUAGUUGUCUUCAGCGCCGCUUUCUCUGCCUUGAUUACAAUGACCGUUCUGUCUGCUGUCCUCGGGCAUGCUGUACCCACGCUUAUCCCUGCAGCCUACACGCAAUUUGCAGCGGCAGUUUUGUUUCUCGUUUUCUCCGCCAAAAUGUUUAAAGAAGGACGUGAUAUGUCACCAGAUGAAGGUGUGGGUGAAGAGAUGAAAGAAGUUGAGAUGGAAUUGGAAGAAAAGGAGCAUGAACAGCGACGUAUGAGGAACCGCCGACGAUCCUCGGUCACUCCAUAUGCACUUGAAGCAGGGCGCGGCGGUCGUACACGCUCAACUAAUCGUCUCCCUUCGCCACCCGAGAGUGCCUCCUCCGCAUCGUCGCGAGAAGUGUCGCCUGAGCGCGGCUUUUCGUUGAAUACCAUCACUGCAGGAGCUAGCAACCUUUUCUCUCUUCUGCUAAGUCCUGCAUGGGUCCAAACUUUUGUCAUGACUUUCCUCGGUGAAUGGGGAGACCGCAGCCAAAUCGCCACGAUCGCCAUGGCUGCUGGGCAGGAUUACUGGUGGGUUACUAUUGGUGCUGUUGUCGGCCAUGGUAUUUGCACAGCUGCCGCAGUCAUUGGCGGUCGAGCAAUUGCUGGCCGAGUCAGUCUUCGUGCAGUCACUCUGGGCGGAGCAGGUGCUUUCCUUGUCUUUGGUAUCAUCUACCUCAUUGAAGCGAUAUUUUGA